GACAAUCCCGCUAGAUGACAGCUCAUUUCCCAGUAAAUAACAAAAUGGAGUCGCCUUCUCUCUUUCUUUUACGUUAUAGUCUAGAUUACCUGGACAUAACCUAGCACUUCAACAUGCCUCGAGAAAUCAAUGAAAUUAAGGACUUCCUCCUUAAAGCCAGAAGAAAGGACGCCAAGUCUGUUAAAAUAAAGAAGAAUGCUGAGAAUGUCAAAUUCAAGGUGCGGUGUUCAAGAUUUCUGUACACGUUAGUCAUCACCGACAAAGAAAAGGCGGAGAAGUUGAAGCAAUCUCUUCCCCCAGGUCUUCAGGUCAAAGAAGUAACCAAGAGUAAACGCACUUAAAUUAGUGUCUGAAAGAAAAAAAAAAAGAAAAUUUACGGAUCCUUGAUUAUUUAUAAGGAAUGUUAACUUACCUUAUAAUUUUCUUAUUUAAUUUUUAAAUAAAAAGAUAAUGAAUCUGUA